GAAGACCAUAUUUGGAUGAAUGACUUGAUACAAAAAAUGGGUAGAGAAAUAUUUUCCUGCCAAGAUUCUUUAACUAGGCUCAGAAGUCGGCGACAUAGCAGGUCGUGGUUUUACAAGAAUGUUAACCAUGUUCUAUCGGAAAAUACGGGAAUAAAUAGAACUGAGGACAUUAUGGUAACUUUGCGUGUACCGGAUAAGACAUUGAGCGCUAAGGCUACUUCAGCAAAGUGGAUCUUUUUACUCAUUGCCCUGUGCCUAGAGAUUUUGUCACUUGCUUUUGAUCAGGUUUCCUCCCCAAGGAAUCCCCAGUAUGCAGUAUUUGGUGUAAUGUUGGCUAUUUCUGCUGUACUGACUUGCAUCUGGGAGCUCAUUUACAAGGGUAAAAAGGAAAGAGUUGAAUUGAGGAGGUGGAGGACGUUGUGGUGGUUUUAUUAUCCAAGACCCCAGCGAAGGCUAUUUGGUGAUGUUCUUGACAUUUUUGGAUUACUUGGUGCCAUCUCUCAGUGUAUUUGCUCGACAGUUCAGUACGUUUACUUCAUUCGGCAUCAUCAAAAUCCUCUCAAAGCCUCCCUUUUGCCUGCCAUAUUCCUUAUAUGUUUGGGUGCUUCAAGAUUGAGUUGUAUUCAAACGGACAAGACUGAUGAACAAAAUGCAUGACCAUAGGGAUUUAGCUAGAUUAUGUCUCAACUUCUUGUUGUAGUUUCAUUGGUUAGGUUUUAGUAAACCCUUUGAGCAUAAUCUGAAUCUUUUAUUGGAUGAGAGAGCUAUUUCCCCACGCAACUCAUGCUGAGUUUGCUGACAAAAUUCUAAAAUGU